CUGUGUGUUUCGCCUGAGGGACCUUGCUGCCAGGCUGUGGACAGUGUCUAGGAGGCUCCCUGGGCCUGCGGGCGUGAUGAGUGAGCGGAUUGACUAGUUACGGCUGAAGAAUUGUGUCCUGGCCCCGACCCGGCUGGACUCUUGAGUCCCAGUGUCCUUAGUCCCCGACUGAGCUCCAGGCCUCGGUGUUCAGGACAGUGGAGCGUUCGCACGUGCCGAGUCUUCAUUCCAGAAUCCAGUAUGUUAAGAGGUAGAGGGUACAGGCGGAGGGAUCUGCAUGUGCAAAGACUCGGAGGUGGGACUGACCUGAGGGACAUUCAGGAAAGAUCUGUCUUCCACUGCAGGGAACCAAGAGCAUGAGAGGAGUCCCGCCUUUAUUCCCGGGUGCUGGGAAUCAUAGAAAUUUUUUAAUAGAAGAGGAAUGUCCAUGAUCUGAUUUGGGAUUUUGAAAAUAUCCCAGUGAAUACUCGGUAAACAUACUAAGUGAACACACUGGUGGGAGAGGGAUUGUGGCCAACCUGAAAACAGGGAGAUUCAUGAGGAUGCUGCUGCAGUAUUCAUCGGGACAGUUAUGAUGGUGGCCUGUCCAGAGCAGAAGCAAGAAAGACACCCAGGUCGGUCCCGAAGAAAAAGACCAAGGAGUCGAUACCGUGAUGUGCCAGCAGCACCUAGACGACCCAAAGACAAGCAAGUCUGGGAAAGUCCAUUUUGCGCGGCCCAUUUAGCAAGGAAAACGGAUGGUUUAGGGACGUCUCAGACAACGAUCCAGACUCAAGAAAGAUGCAGACUGGGGGCUUGCGCGUCUUGGUGGAGGGGCUGAUGUCAACCCCACAGACCACAGAGAGGCCGAACCCAAGCACAGGCCUCCAGAGGUGGAGCCAGGUCUGCAUUCCCGGGCUCGCGGCCCAAGCACCACUGCUCCCAGCCCGGCCCUCCCGCAGGGCUUUGUCCCAUGUCAGGCGCGCAGGGGUGCUGCGGGACUGCACUUCCCAGCGCUGCGCGAACACGCCUGGCCUUUGCCACCGACGUGCGAAAGGGCGCCGCCCAGCAGGCUGCAGAGCGGGCGGGAACUACGCUUCCCAGAAGGCGCCGCGCGUGCGUCCGCAGCGUGCACUGGGCCAAUGAGGGCUUGCGGGGGCUGGACUUCCGGCGUCCGGGGACUGUCACUUUGCUGCGGAGCGUGGGGGCCACACCGGUGUUGGCGACUGCAGAGCGGUGGGCCCGGGCCUGUUUCCAGGAGGCUUGGAGACCCGAAGCGAGGGGCGCGACGAGUGCGCGAGCGGAGGGCCGCUAGGCGCGCGCCGUGGUCGCGGGCGACGGUCGCGCCGCCCGAAUCUCGGUUUCUCCGGGUGUAGCCUGGCCGCCUCGCGGGGCUGUGGGGCGGUGCCCCGAGUCACGUGUUCCCCGACCCCCGGGCGGCUGGGCAGGCGGCGUCCUGGCCUCCAGGGCGUCUGUGCCCUAGACGGACGGGGAGACUGAGGCCCGGAGCCGGGACGUCCGCGUCGUCCGUCGCUGUCUGCGCGUCCCCAAGUGCAGGUUCCGAUGGCGACCGCGGCGCUGACAGACCCGGCGCAGGGCCUGAUGGCCUUUGAGGAUGUGGCCGUGUACUUCUCCCAGGAGGAGUGGGAGCUCCUGGACGCAGCCCAGAGGGCCUUGUACUGCCAUGUGAUGCUAGAGAACUUCGCACUUGUGGCCUCACUGGGACUCUCUGCCUCACGACCCCGGGUAGUCAUCCAGCUUGAGCGUGGCGAGGAGCCCUGGGUUCUCAGUGGGACAGUUGUGACACCAGCCAGGAAUGCUCACAGGAAGCCCAGCCCUGGUUCCCGUCAUCUGGCAUAUGACAGGGUUGUUCCAGGAGAAGCAGCGCUGCCAGGGGUCUUCCAUGAUGGCUCCUCUCCCGCACGUACAAGGGUCCUCCCCUUCACUGGCAUCUGUGAACAUGGGAAAAGCCUGGAGGGCUGGCAGGGCACCUCCCCCUCUCAGGAGAAAAAACCCACAGGGGUGUCUGUAAUCUAUUGGGAGCAGCUCUUGUUAGGUCCUGGCAGUGGGGAGGCCAGUGUCAGUCUGCGGCUGACCUCCCCACUGAGGACGGCCGAGGCCAGCCCACCUAGGGAGAAGGCUCUUAUGACCCGCCCCAUGCCAGGCAAGCAGCUAAGGGCAUGUGGGGGUCAGAAGCCAUAUGGGCAGGAGGCCCCUGGGAGAGCUCUCCCCAAAAUUCCAGAGUUAGAGGCUGGUCUCACCUCUGGGGCAGGAGGAAAGUGUCUGGCUAGCCACAAGCCUCACGGACUCCCUGCUGGCCAGGAGCCCCCAAACUGGGAUCAGCUGGGCAAGGCCCUCCACACGGGCCCCGGCCUGCUUCCCGGGGAGAAGCCCUUCGAAUGCAGGGCGUGCAACAAAGUGUUCGUGAAGAGCUCGGACCUGCUCAAGCACCUGCGCACGCACACUGGGGAGCGGCCCUAUGAAUGCGCACAGUGUGGCAAGGCCUUCAGCCAGACAUCACACCUGACACAACACCAGCGCAUCCACAGCGGUGAGACGCCCUACGCGUGCCUGGCCUGCGGCAAGGCCUUCCGGCAUAGCUCCUCGCUGGUGCGGCACCAGCGCAUCCACACGGCGGAGAAGUCCUUCCGCUGCAGCGAGUGUGGCAAGGCCUUCAGCCACGGCUCCAACCUCAGCCAGCACCGCAAGAUCCACGCGGGCGGGCGGCCCUACGCGUGUGCCCAGUGUGGCCGCCGCUUCUGCCGCAACUCACACCUGAUUCAGCAUGAGCGCACGCACACGGGUGAGAAGCCUUGUGCCUGUGCCCUUUGCGGUGCCGCCUUCAGCCAGGGUUCUUCACUCUUUAAGCACCAGCGUGUGCACACAGGCGAGAAGCCCUUCGCCUGCGCCCAGUGUGGCCGCGCCUUCAGCCACAGCUCUAACCUCACACAGCAUCAGCUGCUGCACACAGGCGAGCGGCCCUUCCGCUGUGGGGACUGCGGGAAGGCUUUUGCCAAGGGGGCGGUGUUGCUCAGCCACCGACGCAUCCACACGGGGGAGAAGCCCUUUGUGUGCGCGCAGUGUGGCCGCGCCUUCCGUGAGCGCCCGGCCCUCUUCCACCACCAGAGGAUCCACACGGGAGAGAAACCUGUGCGGAGAGCCCGGCGUGGGGCAGGCCUGUGCCCCCAGGCCAGGCCUUCUUCGGUGGCGUCAUCCGAGGGCUCCCUGGGGAGGGAGGCCGGGCCCACUCCUGCCUCAGGUCCAGCUGCAGGUUCAAAGCCCACUGAAGCCUGAGUUCGCAGCUCCAGCCUUCCUGGCUUGUCGUAAAACAUCCGCGUUCCCUGCACAUCCACGUUUCGGAGAAGCCCCAUGCGUGCGUGCACCACUGCGUGUGGUGACGAUGUUUGCCGUUUCAGCCACAGCUCACUCCAACCCUAGAUGGUCAGGCUGCAGGAAUAUGAGGGGGAUAUUUCCCCCUUCUGGCUGCUGGGACUUUGGUAGGGCAGAGACUUGGCGUCAGAGUGCCAUUCAUGCCCGCUAUGACUAUGGGUGCUCAGGUGAGGAGGGGGAGUGCUGGAAUGCUGGGGAGGCAGUCCUAGAAAUUUCCCCUGUGCACGCACAAACUGGCCACCAUGCCGGCCGUCAGGAUGUUCCUCCAAGACCUCCUGGACUUCCUCCAAGGCCUCCUGGGAGUGGACCCAGUAGAUGGGAGGUCAUGUGGGGGUCUAGGUUUGACCUUGGACUCUAAGUCGUAGCUUCCACCUCUGCGGAAAAGAACAGAUGAGAGAGAGACAGAGAGAGAGAGUGAGCCAGGCCUACAGAGGGAAUUUGCAGCAUCCUGACAGGCAAGAUCUUGGUACGGGCCAACACGUGCCAGUUGCCAGCUCUGUGAGGUGGCUGCUGUGGCUGGUAUCCCCACUUCUCAGAUGAGGAAACUGAGGCAGAGAGAGGGAAUGUGAGUUGUACACAGCAGAGGCAGGACUUGAGUCCAGGGCACAGGCCCAGCAUCCAGACAGCUCCCCACACUGGCACCCGUGCUCUGGUCUGCCAGUGUGAGAGCUGGGUGAUGCCAGGCCUGGCUACCCGCACGUGGCAGUCCCACAGUGGGUGGGGCAAGUAGAGGUGGAGGUCCCUGGGGUGGGGAGAGGGAGACAGACAUAAAGAAUGAUGGCUCUUGAGCCUUGCUCUUUGAGUUUCUCAUCCAAGCCUCAGCAUUGGCCAUGUCUCAUUGUUACCAAAGGCACCACUACAGGAGCCUUUAUAUCCCCACUGCCCUGACGAGAGGUGAUCAUAGCAGCAGGUUCGGAGGAGACCAUAUGCGACUACUCGUUUCUGCAGGGUCUGGUGGCAAGUGCCCACGUGUUCUCUUCCCUCCAUAGGACAGAGGAUUUGCUCUCAUCUAAGGACCUGUUUGUGCACCCUCCCAUCCUGGGACACCUGCACAUGGCCUGGGACACAGAGUCAGAGGGGUCGGGUGGGACCAGGUUUCUCCCUGUGGCCCUCAGCUGACCAGGGCCCAUCCUGACCUCGGUCCUCACACUCAGGAAUGUCAGUGGUCUCUUUAUUUGGGAACAAGAAAAACCGAUAAUUAGAAGUUGUUAGUGGACGCCAUUGUGUAAAAUCCUUGGCAUGGCACUGUGGAAGUCCACAGCCUCAGCCUCCAGGUCAUGGGUCAGAGGGAUUUAACAACACAGUCCAGAGAGGCUUCCUGAUAAAAAUUUCUCAAACGUG